AUGGCUGAAAGUGAUGUCAAUAUGCAACAACAAUUGACCAAAGAGGAGGAAGAGAGGAGGCUGAAGUACUUGCAAUUUGUGCAAGUGGCUGCAAUACAUGCGGUGUUGACAUUUACGAACCUGUAUAUUUAUGCUAAGGACAAGGCUGGUCCAUUGAAGCCUGGUGUGGAGACUGUCGAGGGGACGGUUAAGAGUGUUGUUGGACCUGUUUAUGAUAAGUUUCGUGAUGUUCCUAGUGAAGUUCUCAAGUUUGUUGAUCGCAAGGUGGAUGAAUCUGUCAUUAAUUUGGACAGCCAUGUGCCCCGACUAGUCAAGCAGGUGUCAUUCCGAGCCCUUUCAGCAGCUCAAAAUGCUCCAGUGGCAGCUCGAGCUGUGGCUUCUGAAGUUCAGCGUUCUGGUGUGAAAGAAACAGCCUCUGAAUUGGCAAAAACCGUGUAUGCCAAGUACGAGCCUACAGCCAAGGAGCUCUACUCUAAGUACGAGCCGAAGGCAGAACAAGCUGCCGUUUCUGCCUGGCGCAAGCUCAAUCAGCUCCCACUCUUCCCUCAAGUGGCUCAGGUGGUUGUGCCAACUGCAGCCUUCUGUUCUGAGAAGUACAAUCAAACCGUACUCAGCACUGCAGAGAAGGGAUACAAGGUAUCUUCAUAUUUGCCUUUGGUGCCUACCGAGAAGAUUGCUAAGGUCUUCAGCGAUGAAGUGCCCGAAUCAACCCCAUUGGUUUCCAGCUCGGCGUAA